CAUUACCUCAAAAAUUAUCAUUGCCAAAAGAAAAUGGCCAGCUUGGUUUGGUUCGUUCAUCGUCUGACAUUUCUCUUUGUUGCUAGUUGUAUAGGAUUAAUCUCAUUUUCUGUAGAAGCUGCAAUAAAGAGAUAUCAGUUUGAUGUUCAAGUGCAGAAUAUAAGUAGAUUGUGUCAUGCAAAGCCAAUUGUCACUGUAAACGGGAAGUUCCCAGGGCCGACAAUAUACGUACAGGAAGGAGAUCGAGUUCUUGUCAAUGUUACGAACCAUGCUCAAUAUAACAUGUCAAUUCAUUGGCAUGGAUUGAAGCAGUAUCGAAAUGGCUGGGCAGAUGGACCUGCUUACAUUACGCAAUGUCCUAUUCAGAGAGGAAACAGCUAUACCUAUGAUUUCAAUGUCACAGGACAAAGAGGCACAUUAUGGUGGCAUGCACACAUUCUUUGGCUAAGGGCAACAGUUUAUGGAGCAAUUGUCAUAUUGCCCAAGCAAGGAACCCCUUAUCCAUUCCCUCAGCCAAACGGAGAAUUUGAAAUUCUUCUAGGAGAAUGGUGGAAUAAUGAUGUCGAGGCAGUUGUCAACCAAGGAUCGCGCAUGGGACUGCCACCAAAUAUGUCUGAUGCUCACACAAUCAAUGGCAAGCCAGGGCCACUCUUCCCUUGUUCAGAAAAACAUACUUUUGCCAUGGAGGUUGAAGCUGGAAAGACAUAUCUCUUGAGAAUAAUAAAUGCUGCCCUCAACGACGAGCUUUUCUUUGCCAUUGCUGGUCACAGCAUGACAGUCGUAGAGGUUGAUGCAGUUUACACGAAACCAUUCACUACACAAGCUAUACUAAUUGCACCAGGACAGACCACAAAUGUCUUGUUGCAAGCCAACCAAGCACCUAAUAGAUAUUUCAUGGCUUCCAGGUCGUUCAUGGAUGUUCCAAUUCCUGUGGACAACAAAACAGCCACCGGUAUUCUCCAAUACAGAGGAAUCCCAAACACAGUCCUCCCAACCCUUCCCCAAUUACCAGCCUCAAAUGACACGUCAUUUGCUUUGAGCUACAACAAGAAGCUGAAAAGCUUAAACUCACCUCAAUAUCCUGCUAACGUUCCACUCAAAGUUGACCGAAAGCUUUUCUACACGAUUGGUUUGGGCCAAAACGAGUGCCCCACGUGUCUAAAUGGAACCCAACUCGUUGCUUCAUUAAACAACAUCUCUUUUGUGAUGCCUCAAAUUGGUCUUCUUCAAUCUCAUUACUUCAAUAUCGGUGGAGUAUUUAGAACUGAUUUCCCAGACAGACCUCCAACUCCAUUCAACUAUACUGGAGCACCACUGACCGCUAAUCUGAGAACUGCAGUGGGCACGAGGCUUAGCAAGAUUGCAUUCAAUUCUACGGUCGAGCUGGUAUUACAGGACACCAAUCUUCUUACUGUUGAGUCCCAUCCAUUCCAUCUCCAUGGCUACAACUUUUUCGUUGUUGGAACGGGGAUCGGGAACUUCGAUCCAGCCAAAGAUCCUGCAAAGUACAACUUGGUUGAUCCUGUCGAGAGAAAUACAGUUGGAGUUCCAACUGGAGGAUGGACUGCCAUCCGAUUUAGAGCUGAUAACCCAGGAGUCUGGUUCAUGCAUUGUCAUCUUGAAGUCCACACAGGAUGGGGUCUAAAAACAGCAUUUGUGGUUGAAGACGGACCUGGAAAAGAUCAAAGCAUUCUUCCACCCCCAAAGGAUCUUCCACCAUGCUAACCUUUGUACCCAGCAAAACGGAAACAAAAAGAGAGAAGAAAAAGGGGUGUAGAAAACACAGUGUUCUUUUGAUUCCUACUCAAGUUGAAGGAAAUUUCUUUGCGACUUAAAAUUAUAAUAAGAUGCCAAAAAUAUUCUAUAUUGUUAUCA